UUGUUGUGGGCGACUUUGCUGGGGGGCGAGAUGACUGGUUUCCCCACAGACAUGGUGGAUUCAGAUCAGAAGCAUGUUGCAAUGAAUGGCCAACAUGCCUCCUCAAAUCAAACCAUAGAGUAAGAUCAAACCAAUGUGUUUUUUAAGUGAUGAUACAAAGCGCAUGAUGGACACCGUGAAGUUUUCGGAGCAGCAACAAGAUGACGACCACAAAGACAGUUCUGGUGGACGAUUACCGCUGUUCAAAGGCUCAGUGUUUAUGGUUGGCAUUGCUGGUAUUGCAAUGUUGUCUGGAUUUGGGAUGACCAUCGCUGGAUCUAAGAGGAAACAUCCUGCAUCAUUCACAAAGGGUAUAUUUCCUGACCCAUCUGCCAGUCUUCAUGAGAGUGGGGCUUCUCUUGGUUUACGUGCUCUACUCUGGGGCUCGUUCUUCGCUGUGACUGGCUUUGGAACUAUGACCUUCUUAGUCUGCAAAGCUAUGGGUGUCAGAAGUGUUGCUGACUUCCAGACAAAGUUCCAGUCAAUUGCUCCGAGGAUCCGAAGAAACGAAGCCAGCGAGCCGGAAGAAGUGACUCUGAAUAAACUCCGAGAGGAAAUCUUCAAAGACGAAAUCAAAGAAAGCUGAUAUUGGAAUAGUGACAAUGAAAAACACAGAACACUAAAAGAGACCAUGUUUCAGCAUUCUUGUUAUGUCAUGUAGAAUGAACAUUAUUCAUGAUUUUGUGGCUCAAUCCAUUGCUCAAGUAAUAUCAUCUUGUAAAGAUGGCUGGAUGUGGUGUGAGCGGAAUUUGUCAGAAGUUAAGGUUAAGAGCUGUUGUGCCCCGAGAUGCACAGUCACACCAGCAUGAAAACAAGUGUGGAGUUAACCAAUACCCAGACUAGAUCUCGGUUUGCAAACAAAUAGUUAAUGGCCUGACCCUAGCAGACUCGAAGGCUAAUUAAUGACAACACAACAAACAAGGUCUCAGUUUGCAAAAAAUAUUACAAGGCCUGAUGUUUCGACCCCAGCAGAGUCUUCCUUGCAGGCUAAAUGCCAACACAACAAACAAGAUCUAAGUUUAAACACCACAAUACUAUUUGGUUAUAACAAAACAUGAUAAUUGUACAAACAUUGAAUGCUUUAGGUGCUAUAAUUGUUUUCACCGUAAUUUCUCUUAGCUUUUCUGGUGGCAGUAAACAACUGUCGAUAUUAAACUGAAUAAUAAGUCACAAUUAAAUUUGAAAGCCUAAAUGUUUGUGACUGUUUUUCUUGACUUCACAUUAUUGUUAUUUGUACUGCUCAAUUUGUCUUCUUUCUUAGUGUCAAGUUUUUUUACACUAUUUUUGUGACAUAAUAAAAACAUUAGGCCAUUUUGUGAGUUAGAUUUGAUUGAUGUUUGCUACCGUAAAAUUUCAGUUUGUUUGUCACUAGUGAUUGGUUGAUAUUAAUUUCUUAGACUAUUUCUAGUUUGAGGAAUUGAAAUUGAGCAUACACCUGUGAUUCAAGGAGACGUGCAACAAGGCAUGUAUCAUAACUCACAGAAGUGGAUGUGUUAUUAUUUAUGGAUGGAUGUUAUCUUUUUUUUUUUACUUGUUUACUAUCCUUUUUGAGUGGGUUUUUCCCAGAAAAAGUGUUAAGAGAAAUGGAUAAUAAAUCAUUUCUGUACUAUCAAUUUCAUUUGCAUGUAAUUUUUGUCUUGAUAAUUGCAUGCAAACUUUAAAACUAGGCCUCCAAACUUGUUCCAUUUUUACUACCGUUAACCUGGAAGUGCGCCCUCAUGUUAGAAAACGAAACCGUGUAUUUAUUUAUUAGUCAGAACAUCUGACGUCACUUCACGGGGACCAGACUAUUUAUUUAAUUAGCUCAGAAAAAAAAUGUGUCGGUGCUAGCAUGCAACAAAACUUGCUUGUCCUAUUG